AUGACCCCUGCCACCCUGAUUACUGAAUCUGAUUUUUUUUUUAAAGUGGCUUGGAACAUAGAUUGUGCACCAGCAUGGGAAGGCAGGGAGGAAAACAUGGUAAAUACACCUAAACUACUAGAAUACUUCAUGAGAGAAGCUUUAAAGCAGCUAUACCAGGACCAGCUGCUCUGUGAUGCCACCAUAGUUGCUGAAGGAAAGAGAUUCCCAUGUCACAGGUUGCUGGUGGCAGCUGUCAGCCCUUUCAAGGGUAUCUUUACCAGCUCCUUCAAGGAAUCCCAGGAUGGAGAAGUUGUGCUUCAGGACAUGGCCUCUUCCAUUGUGCAUACCAUACUGAACUAUUUGUACACAGGGGAGAUCUCUCUUACUAAAGAGUCUGCCCAGGGGCUCUUUGUAGCAGCCAGCAGGCUUCAGGUUCUCCCCCUGCUGGAGAUCUGCACCAGGUUCCUUGUGGAGAAUGUCUCCAUUGAGAACUGCCUUGUGUAUUAUGCGCUGGCUUAUGCACACAACAAUGAAGCUCUGCUUGGUGUCGCCAUGAAACUCAUUACCACAAACUUUGGGCACCUCUCCAAAGAGGAGGAUGACUUCUUACAUCUGGACCUCAGCACUCUGGUCAGCAUAAUCUCUCUGGAUGGCCUCAUGGUCGCUUCUGAGCUGGUUAUCUACCAGGCUGUGAAAUGCUGGAUGAGGUUUCAAACAACUGAGCAUAGCCUUCUCAUUGGUGAGCUGAUGAAGCACAUCUGCUUCCCGCUCCUUAGCCAGGAUGAGGUCCGGGAGGUCCAGUCAUACUGGGAACACUGUCUGGAUGUUCAGAUUUGGCAGAAGAAGCUGGACAGUAAAGAUGGACCAUUUGAUUCUAGAGCACUCAGGCAGGGAAUGUAUAGAGUAUAUUGUGUGGGUCUGUCCAGGUGGAUAAGCAAAUGGAUGGAAAAUGAGGAGUUUCAUGUGUGCUAUUUUGACCCUCGAAAAGAGAACUGGGAAAAGCUGCCGGCUUUGAAUUCCCUGUACUCUCCAGCCUGUGUGGCAGUGGGUGACAAGCUGUAUGUAUCCGGAGGCACCCUUGGGGACAAAUCUCACUCGGAUGCCCUUCACAAAUAUGACUUCCUUAAAGGCCAGUGGAUACAUCUGCCUGCCAUGUCGGUACCUCGUGCUUCUCAUAGGUUUUUAGCUUGUAACCAGAAGCUUUAUGCUUUGGGAGGCUGUUGCAGGCUUGAAAAUUACUUUGAUUCUACAGAGUGCUUUGACUUGAUGGAGAAGAUCUCGAGUCCCAUCUCUAGGCUGCCAUUUGCUCUGAGCUGUUCUGCCUCUGCUGUGCUCAAGGACAAACUUUACUUAAUAGGUGGAGAGAGAAAAAACAACUUGCUCCCAGAGAUGUAUAGGGGAGUUCUGAUCUAUGACGUUAACUCUGGCACAUGGACACGGGCUCCUCUGGCGGUAGAGUGCUGUUUGAAUAAUGGGAUCGAUGUCCUUGGUGGCUAUUCCAAGGAAAGAAUGAGACGCCUUCCUGUUAGGUCCCCUUUUCCAGGAAUUAUUUGUGGCUCCGCUCUGUGUUUCUUCAUCAGUGAGGACGGCAGAAUGGACGAGGAUGUUUUUGUUCCACAAUUGCCAAGAGGAAUUGCUGGUGCUGGUGUGGUGCAGUGGGAGAGGAGAAUCUAUGUGUUGGGAGGGGAGAAUUGCUGGGUAUAUACUAACCCCAAUGUACAUAAUGAAAGUCCAGGCACAUAUGACACCAUUUACUUUUGGGAACCCAGUGACCUCACCUGGACUGAAUGCCCAGAAAACCUCCCUAUUGUUGAUGAUGGGGUAAGUGGGUUUGGGUGUGUGAUGAUGAAGAUACCAAAAAAACACAUUCUCUCCCUCUUGCCCUAAAGGGGACAGUAGGAGUGUGGCUAUUCAGCAGGUACAUGUAUAGCUGCUGUUAAUGUUUUCUAAAGCCUACACCUCUCAGGGUUGUCUGCAGGGGAAAAGUCACAAGAAUAUCUGCCCCCAGAUGCCUUGUCUUAGCCUAACCAUAGAUUUUUUUUUAACAGAAAUCCAAGGGACGGCAUUUGAAAUUAAGACACUUGAUUCAACCAAUAGUAUGUGAGAUUGAAACCCAAUAACUAUCUUUACAUGCCUUGACUUCAUGCUUACCUAUUUUAUUCCCAAAAGUUGAGCAGCCUCCCUUUUCUUUGCUAUGGAGUCUUGGUAGCUGGGGAUGGUCACUGCUGGAGUAUAUGAUGACUCAAACUACCUGGAGCUAAUAUUUUAAGUAUUGUGUGAAGGAAGAUUCCCUUCCUUCCACACUUACUACUUAAACAUGUUUUUAAUUGCCUAUUUCUUGAUGUCUGGGUAAGUGGGGAUUUUUUGUGUGUGCUUUUUGUUGUUUUAUCUUUGACACUCAAGGUGAUGCUAGAAUUUUCAGUUCAUCUUUUCAUUGGAUUGUUACAGGGUCUUGUGGUACGGUUGGGGGGCACAGCCAGUCAAUAGCCUUCUCCUUAGAUGUGAUGGUAACUUAACCAUCUUUGCUUUUGGUACUUGUUGACUGUCCACACUGAUUUAAAAUACAAGUAAAUGCACAGAAAUGUUCAGACUUCUUUAGAGCUGUCAAUGAACUCUUUAAUCCCUGAAAGUCUCUCCAAACACGGGUUUGUGUUUUUGUUUUGUUUCUAAAUUUAGGUAUGUAGUCACCUGGCAGACGUGCUUCUCACUCCUAAAACUGGGGACCAGAUGUCAUUUAUCUGGUGUAAAAUGUUAAAGGGACGCUCCCCUGCCACUACCUGGGCUGUACCUGUUCCAUAAGUAAACUGAGCUGCCCGAAGCUCUAAACUGUCACCAGAACAGCUCUAGCAAGAAACUAUUGAAAUUCCUCUUCCAUUUCAAGGACUCAACACUAAAGAUCCAAUGUCUGACUAGCAGGUGUGAUCUCAAAGGAUGUUUUGUCCCCCACCUCAACAAAUACUUCUGUAAUUCUGUUGCAGCCCUAGUGAGCAGAAAUGUUUAA